AUGAGGCCCCAAACCCGGUCUGGAGACCUCCAGGGACCAGGGACUAGGGGGGGUGUCUCUGGAGGUCCCAACCCCAGGAAUGAGGCCCCAAACCCGGCCUGGAGGCCUCAAGGGCCAGGGGGGGUGUCCCUGGAGGUCCCAACCCCAGGAAUGAGGCCCCAAACCCGGCCUGGAGACCUCAAGGACCAGGGGGGUGUCCAUGGAGGUCCCAACCCCAGGAAUGAGGCCCCAAACCCGGCCUGGAGACCUCAAGGACCAGGGGUCUCAGACCUCCGGGGCCGGUCUCAGACCUCCAGGGGGUCUCAGAGGUCUGCAGCCGGACUCAGAGGCCUGGGGCCGGGUCUCAGAGGUCCGGCCUCCGGUCUCAGACCUCCGGGGGUCUUAGAGACCUCCGGGGGGUCUCAGAGGUCUGCGGCCGGACUCAGAGGCCUGGGGCCGGGUCUCAGAGGUCCGGCCUCCGGUCUCAGACCUCCGGGGGUCUUAGAGGUCCGUGGCCGGACUCAGAGGUCCGGUGCCGGGUCUCAGAGGUGUGCCUGGUACUACAAGUGA